AUGUGGGCAGUCGACAGUGGUGCAACACAACACAUAUGCCACGACAAGACCAAGUUUGCAAGACUGAACAAGCGCAACAACGGUAAAAUCUUGGUGGUGGAUGGCAACAAAGUGGCCAUCAAGGGGGUUGGAACCAUCUUUGAAAAGGUGGUUCUGCCCGACGGUGAAGAGCACGAGAUCGAGAUCAAGAACGUCCUUUACGUGCCAAGCACGAGCAAGAAUCUACUUUCGGUACCGCAGAUCAACAAGCACGGCAAGUUUCAAGUCGUGUUCGACGGGACCAAGAUGUUUGUCGCUCGCAAAGGCUCGCAACAAGUGGUGGCAACAGCAGAUCUUGUGGAUGGCCUUUACUGGAUUCACACAGCUCAUCGAUCGGCCAAUGCGACAACAAGCGGAAACUACGAUGUCGACUUACAUGCGCGGAUGGGACACGCUCCAGCUGAUGUGCUUCGCAAAAUGGUCAAGCGCAGUCGAGGAUGUCAACAAGGGAAAAUGGUCCAAAAACCAUUCCCAGGGAACCAGGACAAUCGCAGAUACGACACCUUCGAGCUACUUCACGUCGACAUCUGCGGACCCAUGGAGAUGAAUUCUCUGGGUGGCAGCAAGUACCUACUGCUGAUCGUUGACGAAGCCAGUGGAUGCAUGAAGGGCUUCUGUCUACGUGUGAAGUCGGAGAGUGAAAACUACAUCGCACGAUACAUCAAGAUGGUGCAAGCGCAGUUUGGCAAGAAGGUCAAGCUCGUCUGCCACGACGGAGCCCGCGAGUUCGCAACCAACUCGCUUCAAGAAUUCUACGAAGAUGAAGGCAUUGAGCAGCAGACGACGGUGCCAUAUGCACACCAGACCAACGGCACGGCAGAGCGCGCCAUUCGGACUAUCGUCACAAUUGGUCGCAGCAUGCUCCACCAUGCUAAGUUGGAAAAGUGCUUCUGGGCAGAAGCAGCAAUGACGGCAAUCUACAUCAAGAACCGUCUGCCUUCGCCUAAUGUUAUGCACAAGACUCCGUUCGAGAUCGUCCACAACUCCAAGCCAAGUGUCAAGCACAUGCGGGUGUUCGGUUGUCAGGUUUACAUACUGACGCCUAAAGAGAAUCGACUCAAGUGGGACCCCAAGGCUCGCACUGGAAUAUUCUUGGGCUACGAAGAAGCAUCCAAAGCGUAUCGCGUUUAUGACAUUGAGGCGGGGCAGGUGGUCAUCAGUCCCGAUGUCAACUUUGACGAGUCCGCCUUUGGACUUUCGCCGCCGAUCACUGGUGAAGAUACCGAUGACCUUGACUUCGACUCCCUCGAUCUGGAUGAUGAAGCGCCAGGUCAAGCGCAGUACAAGCAAACAGGCAAGCGCAAGAGUCGUCCCCAUGAUGAAGGAGUACCAGCUCCACCCACGCGCACAGUGCGUCAACGGCUCGAACUAGAAGAAUCAAGUGCGCCAGACAAUCACACGACCCAACAAGAAGAAUAUGAAGAAACAAAGAAUGCUGAUGCAUCGAGUCCGCCUGUGUUUUGGUGUGCGAGUGCGAACGCCAUCGAAACAGCAGUGGACUUAUCCGAGCCAUCGACUUUUGAAGCUGCGGUGAGCGUUCCUGAUCAAGUGCAUCGGCGCGAAGCUAUCCGUGCGGAACUUGAGUCGACGCGACUUCGUGAAGUAUUCCGCGCAGCCAAGCUACCUAAAGGACAUAGCGCCAUUGGCACGAAGUGGGUCUUCAAGAUCAAGCGCAAAGCGGACGGAUCAAUUGACAAGUACAAGGCGCGUCUGUUGAAAAGACAGCGGCUGUGA